CCGAUUUUUCUCCAAAUCUCAGUCUCUCCCCAAACCCAAACCAUCAGAAUUCAGUAACCCUAUUCAGGGUUUUUAUUUGUCGAAUCUAAGUUCAUCAACCAUGGAUCCGGAGAUUGCAAAGACACAGGAGGAGCGUAAGAAGAUGGAGGAAGAGCUUGCCUCUCUUACCUCCCUUACAUUUGACCGCGACCUCUAUGGUGGCGGUGACCGCGAUGGCUAUGUCACUUCGAUUGCCGUCAACGAUGAUGAGGAAGCCAAUGACGCCAUGGAUAACGAGGUUGUUCGCAAAAUGGCCUCAUACACUGCCCCUAGGUCGUUGCUGAAAGAGAUGCCUCGUGGCGGUGAUGAGGAUGAUAAUAACUUGGGGUUUCAGAAGCCGGCCAAGAUUAUCGAUCGAGAGGAUGAAUAUCGAAGGAGAAGGCUGCAGCGAGUGAUUUCACCCGAGAGGCACGAUGCCUUUGCUGCUGGGGAGAAGACUCCUGACCCCUCGGUGAGGACGUAUGCGGAGGUGAUGAGGGAGGAGGCGUUGAAGAGGGAGAAAGAAGAUACUAUAAGAGCAAUUGCGAAGAAGAAGAAGGAAGAGGAGGAAGCGGCUAAGGAAGGUGGAGGAACUGCUGCUGCGGCUCCAGUUCCUAAGAGGAGGAAUCGGUGGGACCAGUCGCAGGAUGAGGGUGGUGCUGCGGCAAAGAAAGCUAAGACCCAAUCUGAUUGGGAUUUGCCUGACGCUACUCCAGGGAUUGGGCGAUGGGAUGCGACCCCGACACCAGGGAGGAUAGGUGAUGCGACUCCUUCUUUGUCCAGGAGGAAUAGAUGGGACGAAACUCCUACUCCUGGGAGGUUGGCAGAUUCAGAUGCCACCCCUGCUGGUGGUGCUACACCAGGGGCGACUCCUGCCGGGACUACCUGGGAUGCCACUCCAAAGGGGCUUGUGACUCCAACACCAAAAAGACAGCGAUCAAGAUGGGACGAGACUCCAGCUACCAUGGGAAGUGCAACCCCAAUGGCAGGUGCUACACCAGCUGCUGCUUAUACACCUGGAGUUACUCCUGUCGGGGGAGUUGAGUUGGCGACUCCUACUCCAGGGGCAAUUAAUCUGCGUGGUCCUAUGACACCUGAGCAGUACAAUUUAUUGAGGUGGGAGAAGGAUAUUGAAGACAGGAACAGACCCUUGACUGAUGAGGAGCUUGAUGCAAUAUUUCCACAAGAGGGAUACAAGAUUCUGGAACCUCCAGCCUCCUAUGUGCCAAUUAGGACACCAGCUAGAAAGCUACUGGCCACACCAACGCCUUUAGGAACGCCCCUUUAUUCGAUUCCAGAGGAAAAUCGUGGCCAGCAGUUUGAUGUGCCGAAAGAGGCGCCUGGUGGGCUGCCGUUUAUGAAGCCAGAGGAUUAUCAGUAUUUUGGGGCACUUUUGAAUGAGGAUGAUGAAGAGGAAUUGUCUCCUGAGGAGCAAAAGGAGCGGAAAAUCAUGAAGCUUUUGUUGAAGGUUAAGAAUGGGACUCCUUCACAGAGGAAGACUGCUUUGAGGCAGCUUACUGAUAAAGCCCGAGAAUUUGGUGCUGGGCCUUUGUUUAACCGGAUUUUGCCUUUGCUCAUGCAACCCACUUUGGAAGACCAAGAGAGACAUCUUCUGGUGAAGGUAAUUGAUAGGGUUCUGUACAAAUUGGAUGAGUUGGUUAGGCCUUAUGUGCACAAGAUUCUUGUGGUGAUUGAGCCUUUGCUGAUUGAUGAGGAUUAUUAUGCACGUGUUGAAGGUAGAGAGAUCAUUUCUAAUUUGAGCAAAGCUGCAGGUUUGGCUACUAUGAUUGCUGCUAUGCGUCCUGAUAUUGAUAACAUCGAUGAGUAUGUUAGGAACACAACUGCUAGAGCUUUCAGUGUUGUUGCUUCUGCCCUUGGUAUUCCUGCAUUGUUGCCAUUCUUGAAAGCUGUGUGUCAGAGUAAGAAAUCAUGGCAAGCACGUCAUACAGGUAUCAAGAUUGUUCAGCAGAUUGCAAUUUUAAUAGGUUGUGCUGUUCUUCCUCAUCUAAGGUCUCUUGUUGAAAUAAUUGAACAUGGUCUAAAUGAUGAGAACCAGAAGGUGAGGACGAUCACUGCUUUGUCCCUGGCUGCUCUUGCAGAGGCGGCUGCCCCUUACGGUAUUGAGAGCUUUGACUCUGUAUUGAAACCAUUGUGGAAGGGUAUUAGGUCACACCGUGGAAAGGUCUUGGCUGCUUUCUUAAAGGCAAUAGGUUUUAUCAUUCCUCUCAUGGAUGCAAUUUAUGCAAGCUACUAUACAAAGGAAGUUAUGGUCAUUUUGAUUAGAGAGUUCCAGUCGCCUGAUGAAGAAAUGAAAAAGAUUGUGCUCAAAGUGGUGAAACAGUGUGUUAGUACGGAGGGUGUAGAAGCUGCAUAUAUUCGUAGUGAUAUCCUUCCUGAAUUUUUCAGGAAUUUCUGGGUCAGAAGGAUGGCUUUGGACCGGAGGAACUACAGGCAGCUUGUGGAAACAACUGUGGAGAUAGCAAACAAGGUAGGAGUAGCUGACAUAGUAGGGCGGAUAGUUGAGGAUCUCAAGGAUGAGAGUGAACCUUAUAGACGAAUGGUUAUGGAGACAAUUGAGAAGGUGGUGACAAACUUAGGUGCAUCCGAUAUUGAUGCCAGGUUGGAGGAGCUUCUGAUUGAUGGUAUCCUUUAUGCCUUCCAAGAGCAGACCAGUGAUGAUGCCAAUGUGAUGCUUAAUGGGUUUGGCGCUGUUGUAAAUUCUCUUGGGCAGAGAGUGAAACCUUACCUUCCACAGAUUUGUGGUACUAUUAAGUGGCGCUUGAAUAACAAGAGUGCGAAGGUGAGGCAGCAGGCUGCAGACCUUAUUUCGAGGAUUGCUGUUGUCAUGAAACAGUGUGGAGAGGAACAACUCAUGGGUCAUCUCGGCGUUGUCUUGUACGAGUACUUGGGAGAAGAAUACCCAGAAGUUCUUGGAUCAAUUCUGGGAGCUCUCAAGGCAAUUGUGAAUGUUAUUGGUAUGACGAAAAUGACUCCUCCCAUAAAAGACUUGCUUCCUAGGUUGACCCCAAUAUUGAAGAACAGGCAUGAGAAAGUGCAGGAGAACUGUAUAGAUCUUGUUGGUCGUAUUGCAGAUCGUGGUGCUGAGUUUGUUCCGGCUAGAGAGUGGAUGAGGAUUUGUUUUGAGCUUCUUGAGAUGCUUAAAGCUCACAAGAAGGGUAUUAGACGAGCAACAGUGAACACUUUUGGAUAUAUUGCCAAAGCCAUUGGACCACAAGAUGUCUUAGCUACCCUGUUGAAUAACCUGAAGGUGCAGGAACGUCAGAACCGUGUUUGCACAACUGUUGCAAUUGCUAUAGUUGCAGAAACCUGUUCUCCUUUCACCGUCUUACCAGCUCUGAUGAAUGAGUAUCGUGUCCCAGAGCUUAAUGUGCAGAAUGGUGUUCUGAAAUCUCUUUCCUUCUUGUUCGAGUACAUUGGUGAGAUGGGUAAAGACUACAUAUAUGCAGUUACUCCAUUACUGGAGGACGCUCUUAUGGACAGAGAUUUGGUUCACAGGCAGACUGCAGCUUCUGCAGUGAAGCACAUGGCAUUGGGGGUUGCUGGGUUGGGUUGUGAGGAUGCGCUUGUCCACUUAAUGAACUAUGUGUGGCCUAACAUAUUUGAGACAUCUCCUCAUGUCAUAAAUGCUGUUAUGGAAGCUAUUGAAGGGAUGAGAGUGGCCUUGGGUGCUUCUGUUGUGCUGAACUACUGCCUUCAGGGGUUGUUCCAUCCGGCUCGGAAGGUUAGGGAAGUUUACUGGAAGAUCUAUAACUCACUGUACAUUGGAGCUCAGGAUGCCCUUGUGGCGGCUUAUCCUAUCUUGGAGGAUGAGCAGAGUAACUCAUAUAGUAGGCCUGAGCUGAUGAUGUUCAUCUGAAUUGAUGUUUAAGAUACCAUCACAUCACAGUAGCAGAUAUAUUAGGACUUUCACUACAGCGAGGCCAUGAAGUUGGCGGGCAUGUUAUUCCACAUGAUAGGUGAUUUCAAUGUUAGCAAAACACUUGACAUUGAAAACGGCAUUUAGCCAGCAUUGAAACUGUAAUUUCUGGAUAACUGGAAUAGGAUUGCUCGACAUAGUGCAUGGAAAUAAAACAACUGGAGAAACCAUUCAAGGCUCUCAGGUCAUUCGAAUUACAUUUAGAUGGCAGGAUUGAUGUGUGGAAACAGAACAUUAAAAGAGUGCAAGCAGUUUAGAGGCCCCCUGAAGUCCAUGGAACUGACAGGAAGGAGUGCAAGCGGAUGUGAUCCAUGACAUUAUUAUCCUAAUGGUGUCAAGUCCUUUCUUUGAAUUGUGUUUUAUCUUACUGGGCCAGCUGACAAUAUAUAUAAUAAUCCCUUUCACAUAGAAACAUUGUGGGAAGAAUUUUUCACAA